AUGAACAACACAAGUGACUCUGGUGGCUUCCUUGGUUCCAACAACAUUGGUGGCUUUGGUUAUGGCAUUGGUGUCUCAGUUGGCAUCCUCCUGCUCAUCACAACCAUCACCCUUGCUUCCUACUUCUGCACCAGAACUCAGCAGCCACCUGCCCCAGCGACACACAGGAACAACAACACCCUUGAUCCACCUGACCUGCAAAACUUUGUUGUUGAUAUAGGACUUGAUGACAGCACCAUUGAGAGCUACCCAAAGAUGCUUUACUCCGAGGCCAAGCUCCAAAAGACAGGCUCCACUGCCUCCUGCUGCUCCAUAUGUCUUGCUGAUUACAAGGGCACCGAUACACUCCGUCUACUGCCGGAUUGUAAACACCUCUUCCACCUCAAGUGUGUUGAUCCGUGGCUGCGGCUGCAUCCUACCUGUCCCGUCUGCAGAACAUCUCCAAUCCCAACACCUCUGUCGACUCCUCUGGCAGAGGUGGUUCCAUUGGCAAGCAGGCGAGACUGA